UAGCGCGCAGCUCGACAGCCCCAAACAUCAGGAUCUUUGAUCUUUCGUCCCAAACUCUUCCGCAAAGUGAAUCGUCCCACUUUUGAGGCGUGUGUGGCUCGCGCUGGUGGGCUUUCACUGGAGGAGGACUUCUGCACGCGGCUGCGUGACGGAGUAGGAAGUGAAACGAGGAUCAAAACAAACUGACAGCUGAUCUUCCCAGGAUGAAGAGCGUGAGCGUGGUUGUCGUGGGUGGCGGUGUGGUGGGCUUCUCCACGGCGGUCUGCGUGGCAGAGGCACUGCCCUUCUGCUCCGUCACUCUGCUGGCUGAGAAGUUCACUCCUGACACCACCAGCGACGGGGCUGCAGGUCUCCUGUUCUCAGCUCCGUUCCCAGACAUCGCCCUGGAGAGGCAGCGGCGCUGGUUCAAGGACGGCUUGGACCACCUGAUGGCCAUCGCCGCGUCAGCGAACUCGCCGGACGCAGGAGUCAUGCUGAGCUCCGGGUGGCAGAUUUUCAAGGAGGUUCCGGAGGAGAAAACGCCGUUCUUCGCAGACCUGGUGCCCAGCUUCCGACUCAUGACCGAGAGGGAACUGAAGCAGUUUCCGGGGCACAAGUUUGGCCAUGCCUUCUCCACCAUCAAGUGUGAAUGUUCCACUUACCUGCUGUGGCUAGAAAAGAGGUUGAAGAAAGCUGGCGGCCGAGUGCAGCAGAGGAAAGUCAACCGCCUUGAAGAACUGAGCGGGUAUGACAUCAUAAUCAACUGCUCAGGUCUCGGCGCCAGGACCCUGGUGGGCGACACCACCGUGUACCCGGUCAGGGGCCAGGUGCUGAAGCUGGAGGCCCCCUGGCUCAAGCACUUCAUCCGAGCCGGAGACGGCAUGACCUACAUCUACCCCGGCAUCCACCACGUGACGGUGGGUGGCACCCGCCAGCAGGAUGACUGGCGUCUGGAGGUGGACGACGGAGACACGCAGAGCAUCCUGCAGCGCUGCAGCCAGCUGGUGCCGUCCAUCGGGAAGGCCAAGGUCCUGGGCCAGUGGGUGGGUCUGCGGCCCAGCAGGAGGAACCCCCGGGUCGAGCGGGAGGUGGUGCAGCUGGGGGGGCGCCGGGUGCCAGUGGUUCAUAACUACGGCCACGGAGGCUGGGGGGUGACUCUGGCGUGGGGGACGGCCUUGGACGCUUUGGGGUUGGUGAGACAGGUCCUGCAUGAGCUGCCCCUACAGGCCAAAUUGUGAACGACAGGAGGUUCACCAACUGUUUUUGUGAAUCUGAUCACAUGAUCAACUCUUAAUCAUUAACACUGGGGCAACAACCAACCUAAGCAUGACCAGAUGGCUGCCAUCUAAAAUCAUGUCUUUGACUGGGCUCCACCCAGUGACGAGUGAGCGCUGAUCUGGAAUCAGAACUCUGAUCAUGUGAUCAAGUGAAUUUCCAAACUGUGAUUGUCUUAAAAAGACAGAUUAAAA